AUACGGUUUCUGUAGUGUUUUUGCCUGGGAAGCUGCAUUGUAUUUAGCAUUUCUGGGAAAACCUCGAAAUAUCUCGUUGAUAAGAUAUAUACUUAGAGCUUAUUACUUAUUAUAUUUCGAGCGCGUGAAACAGUUAGAUCUCGCGAGAUUUAUGAAUGAAUGGAUGCCCCCCGGUAAUGUUACACAAGUUGUUUGGUAACAUGCAUGUUAUAAAACCCAAACCAUACCUGCCCAUCGUGGCAGCCUUGCAGAAAGCAAAGAGAAGGGACCCUAACAAACUUCGCAGGAAGCGGCUGGUCUAUCUGCAGUGAGGUCUGUUUCCGGGUUCUGCACCGCUUCAAUUUGUUCCAACAAAAUGCCCGAGGGACCAGAGCUCCAUUUGGCCAGCCUGUACGUGAAUAAAAUGUGCGAGGGAGUGGUGUUUACUGGAUCGGUCCAAAAAUCUGAAGUCAGCAAGAGUCCUGAUGUGCCCUUCACCAGUGACUCCUACCGCAUCACAGCCGCUUCCAGAGGGAAGGAAGUGAAGCUCACGCUGACACCCAUAAAGAGUGAUGAACCAAAGAAGAAAGGGAAGGCAGGGCACGCCGACCAGCCGAUGGAUGUUGUCUUUCGCUUUGGGAUGUCAGGUUUCUUCCGCUUCACCUCAGAGGACGAUCUGCCCAAACACUCCCACCUGCGUUUUUAUACCCAAGAGAAGCCCUGCAGAGUGCUGAGCUUUGUGGAUGUACGCAGGUUUGGCAGCUGGCAGUCCAAUGGGGCGUGGCAGCCUAGCAGAGGGCCCUGUAUCAUGUUUGAGUACAACAGCUUCAGGGAGAACGUGGUGUCACACUUGUCUAACCCCGCCUUCGACAGACCCAUCUGUGAAGCUCUGCUUAAUCAGAAGUACUUCAACGGUAUCGGGAACUACCUGAGAGCUGAAAUCCUUUUCAGGUUGAACAUCCCACCUUUUGUGUCAGCACGGACCGUACUGGAAGGUCUUGAGUCAGAGGAUUUCUCUGAAAACAAGAAGCUUGUGAAAAAUGAGAACCCAGACAAAAAGCAGAAGUCAGGCAGGGCUAAACAGAGGAAGAUGAAAGAGGAGACAGGUGACCUGCUCAGACUGUGCCAUACAGUGCCUCUGGAGGUUGUGAACAUGGGAGGGAAGGGCUAUGAUCCCCAGAAGCAAGACUACUCUGACUUCAAGGCCUGGCUGCAGUGUUACUACGUGGAGGGAAUGACGUCUAUACGGGACCACAAUGGAAGAACUAUGUGGUUUAAAGGAGAUCCAGGACCCAUGGUGCCAAAAGAUGCAAAAUCACCCAGGGCAAAAAACAAAAUAAAGAAAGAAGACGACCACGAUUAUACAAACAAGAAAAAAGUAACCAAGAGUCGCUCUGCAAGCACCACAAAGAGAACGGCUAUCAAAAAGGAAGCUGUGACCAAAACUCCAAAGAAAGAAAAGGAUGCAGAGAAGGAAACCGGAUCCAAGAGAAGAAAGACUGAAAAGAACCAAGACGAAAACACAUCCCAGGAUGAAAAGACUUCAACUGCAGUUAGGAGGAAGGGCAGCAGCAAGGAGCCAGUUAUUUCAGGUGCACAGACUUGCAGUGGAAGAGUGACCAGACAGAGCAGCAAGUAAAAGCUAAAGGGAGAAGAAACAGCUGUAUGGGGCAUUUUUAUGUUUUGUACUUUCUUAUAUAUUUUUUAAUAAAACAUGUUUCUACAAAA